AAAAUGCCGCAUUGACUUUUGAACAUGUUUUGAGCUCAAAAUAAUUUAUUUUAUUAAUUUAUUUUUUUAAUUGUGCCUUGUUUACAAUUCCAUGGUCUUGGUUAUUAAGAUACUUUAAGGUGUUAUCGUCCAAUAUUACCCAAGCCUGAGUGAUUUGAUUUUUAUCGUUGUUGGUUAUUAAUUUAAGAUGAAAACUCAAUCUGCAAAACCUAGCAAGCCGGUGGAAGUUGUCAGUUUCUCCAGGCAUAAAAAGUCCAUAUCAAAAGAGGAUGCGAAGAAGAAUCAAGCAGCUAAAAAACGUGAUUAUGAGUCAGAAGUGAAAGAGCAAGAAGUUCAAAUGAAAAAAUUCAGACAUGAUGUCUUCAAGUUUGCCAUUUCUGGUCUAGAUCGAGACAAAAAAGUUGAAGCCAAAGAAGCUCUUCUAGUCAAACUUGGAGCUAAGCCAAAGAAACCAAAAGCUAUAAACUAUCGAGAACUCACACAACAAAGAAUUCAAGAAAAGAAAUUAUCUGACGAGGAAAAGCAGCGCAAUGCGAAAUCCGGCAUAAAAAAACCUGUGAAAUCUAAAAACAAUAAGAAGGAAAAACGAGAUGCAAAUGCUGUCAAAGGAUUUGACUAUCAAGUUGGUAAAUUCAAAGGCGGUGUACUUUAUGUUAAUAAGAAGAACUUUGUUAAGCGUUGAUCAAAUGGAAACAGAACGGUUACUGAGGCACAAUUAAUAAUUUCCCACAAUUCAAAUUGGACUCAAACUAAAUGCGCUGAGUGAACACUAUUAAAAGGUUAUAAACAAACAA